UUGGAUGCCUGUGUGUGUUUAACCCACUCCCUGUCCAGUCCUGGAGUUUGAACUGCGGAAAGCCAAGGACACCAUUCAGGCCCUCCGUGCCAACUUGACUCAGGCAGCAGAGAGUGAAGUUCCUAUGCAGGAACGAAAGAAUUACAAAUCAAGUCCUGAAAUUCAAGAGCCCAUCAAACCUCUGGAGAAAAGAGCACUGAACUUUCUUGUUAAUGAGUAUUUGUUGAAAAAUAAUUAUAAACUCUCAUCAAUUACGUUUUCAGAUGAAAAUGAUGAUCAGGACUUUGAGCUGUGGGAUGAUGUUGGAUUGAAUAUUCCAAAGCCACCAGACCUGUUACAGCUUUAUCGAAACUGUGGGAACCAUGUUAUUUCUUCUAAAGGUGUUGUGGACAUUGCUGUAGGAGUAGAGAUAGAAGACCUUCAGCCACCCUGCACCAUUAAUCAGGAUUCAUUUCCCAAAGAGCAAGUGCAGCAAACAGCACUCAUUGAAGAACUUGAAUAUCAGAUAAGUCUUUUGAACAGUGAGAAGCAGUCUUUGGCUGAUCAGAUGAAAAAUCUUCAAAGUGAGAUUGAAUUCCUCAAGAAUAAUCACCUUAUGUCUACUUUAACUGUGUUGGAAUCAGCGAAGCAUGCAUUGGACCAAGUGCCUCAAACUGUUCCAGUGGGUAAUGGACAAUAUGUAGAAAUUACAGGCUCUGACACUGUCAGCAGGACUACACACCAAGAAAACUGUGCUACUUCUUUAGUGUCAAACACUACAGCAGACUCUGAAUGCCCUUCUACAGAAACACAGUCUCCACACUACACAAAUAUAAGACAUCAGACAACUUUGAGUAAAGAACCUGUACAGUUUGAUAAAUCAAACAGGAAACUGGCUCCUGCAUUCCAUCAAGCGCUGCUGUCCUUCUGUCGCAUGUCAGCUGACAGUCGUUUAGGCUCUGAGGUGUCUCGCAUUGCAGACAGUGAGGAGAGUGUUAUGCUGAUGUUGGGACGUUGCUUACCUCACAUUGUACCCAAUGUACUGCUUGCAAAACGAGAGAGAAUGGUUGCUCAUCUUUGUCAGGAAUUGAUUCCUUUGAUUUUGUGUACUGCUUGUCUUCACCCUGAAUCUAAAGAAAGAGAUCAGUUGCUUCAUAUUCUUUUUAAUUUGAUUAAGCGUCCAGAUGAUGAGCAAAGACAGAUGAUUUUGACUGGGUGUGUGGCUUUUGCCCGUCAUGUAGGACCUACUCGUGUUGAGGCUGAGCUACUUCCACAAUGCUGGGAGCAAAUUAAUCACAAGUAUCCAGAGAGAAGGUUGUUAGUAGCUGAAUCGUGUGGUGCCCUAGCACCUUAUUUGCCUAAGGAAAUUCGUAGUUCGCUGGUUCUCUCAAUGCUUCAACAAAUGUUGACAGAAGACAAGGCUGACAUGGUCCGUGAAGCUGUGGUCAAAAGCCUAGGUAUUAUAAUGGGAUACAUUGACGAUACUGAUAAAUAUGUUCAGGGGUUUGAGCUCAUGAUUUUAGCACUGGGAGAUCCAUCUGAAAGAGUUAUAAGUGCCGUGCACCAGGUCUUUAUUCCUGCAUUUGCAGCUUGGUCUACAGAGCUGAACAAUUUGCAGUCUCACCUCAUUCCCACUCUGCUUGAGAGGAUUGAGAAGCUGCUCAGGGAUGGUGAACAUGGACUCGAUGAACACAAGCUUCACAUGUACCUUUCAGCUCUACAGUCACUUACCCCACCUCUGUUUGCAGUAGUAUUGCAGAAUGCUCCCUUCACAAGUAAAGCCAAACUCCAUGGUGAAGUGCCACUUAUUGAAGUGACCAGGUUUCCAAGACCUGCUUCACCUCUGCAAGAUGUAGCUGUGAUUAUUGGAAGCCGUGAGCAGUUAGCAGUGCUUCUUCAACUCUAUGAUUAUCAGUUGGAGCAUGAAGGAACCACAGGCUGGGAGAGCCUCCUAUGGGUUGUCAACCAGUUAUUGCCACAACUAAUAGAGACAGUUGGCAGGAUCAAUGUGACAUCCACAACAUGUGUUCAUGAGUUUUCCAGAUUUUUUUGGAGACUAUGUAGAACUUUUGGAAAAAUAUUCACAAACACAAAGGUCAAACCUCAAUUCCAAGAAAUUCUCAGACUUUCAGAAGAAAAUGUUGAUGCCUCAGCAGGAAAUGGCAUACUUACAAAAGCUACGGUGCCUAUCUAUGCAACAGGUGUUUUAACGUGUUAUAACCAGGAUGAAGAUAGGAAGCUGCUAGUAGGAUUCUUAGAAGAUGUAAUGACAACACUAUCCUUAUCACAUGCACCACUUGAUAGUUUAAAGGCUGCGUUUGUGGAACUGGGUGCUAACCCAGCUUACCAUGAGCUGCUUUUGACAGUCCUUUGGUAUGGAGUGGUUCAUACAUCAGCUCUUGUGCGUUGUACUGCUGCUCGAAUGUUUGAGCUGAUUCUCCAAGGCAUGAGCGAAGCCCUUAUUGACAAGCGGGUAGCUCCGGCCCUUGUUACCUUGUCCAGUGAUCCCGAAUUCUCAGUUAGAAUAGCAACAAUACCAGCGUUUGGAACAAUAAUGGAAACUGUAACACAAAGAGAACUUUUGGAAAGAGUUAAAAUGCAAUUAGCUUCCUUUUUGGAAGACCCACAAUACCAGGAUCAACAUUCUUUGCACAUGGAGAUCAUCAAAACAUUUGGCCGAGUUGGGCCAAAUGCAGAACCCAGGUUUAGGGAUGAAUUUGUACUGCCUCAUUUGCACAAACUGGCUCUUAGUAAUAAUAUGCAGACAGUGGAGAGUAAACGGCUCGACAUUGCCACACAGCUUUUUGAGUCCUACAGUGCACUUGCCUGCUGCUUUAUUUCAGAAGAACUGAUGAUAAACCAUUUUUUGCCAGGAUUAAGAUGUUUAAGAAAUGACAUGGAACAUCUUUCACCCGAACAUGAGGUUAUUUUAAGCUCCAUGAUAAAGGAAUGUGAGCAGAAAGUGGAAAAUAAGAAUUCUCAGGAACCUCAAGGUUCAAUGUCCAUAGCUGCAAGUCUUGUGAGUGAAGACACAAAAACCAAGUUCUUAAAUAAAAUGGGCCAGCUGACCACUUCUGGGGCCAUGUUAGCAAAUGUGUUUCAAAGAAAGAAGUAGACAAAUGAAGGUGAAGGUGAUGGUCUUAUGUGACACUAAACCGGUUCUCCAAGAGUCCAGCACCUCGUACUUGAAGUCAAUUGUCUGCCUUUUGAUUUUAUGUUUUCUUAAUGAUGAUUUUACUCCAACCUCCAAAGAAAUUUGCACUUCGUUUAAUUGAUUUGUUAUUCACUUAUAAUAUUUUUAUUUUCAGUUUAUCACUACUGUAUGUGUGUGUUCAAUGUUUGUCCCAUUUUGUUUUGUGUUGCAGUGUUUCCACCCUGUUUUUAUAAAGAUACUGGUAAUAUUUUGGAUUUUUUCCUUUUUUUUUUUUGUUUUUGUAAUAUUGUCUCACACAAUGUAACUGUACAAUACACUGAAUUACUUGAUCGGUACCUGUAUAAUGUAAAUUUGAAGUCCAUGUCAUGAAGUAAUAAAAGUGAAGAACAAUUGUGUAUUUAAAUUGUAA